AUGUCGACGCAACCUCAAACCGCCACGGAUGAUGCCGCCAAAGCCAGAGCUUUGGGCAACGAGUUGUACCGAGCAGGCAAACUCCUGCAGGCUGAAAAGGCAUACAAGACGGCUGCAUCCCUGGCUCCUCAUGAUCCGUCACCCGUCUCCAACCUGUCGGCUGUGAGAUAUGAGAUGGGUGACUACAAGGGUGCCAUUGCUCACAUCAGAGAUGCGAUAUCACUAACCGUCCCUGAAACCGAUAACAGCGCCAAGAAUGACAAGUUGUAUAGCAGGCUGGUCAAGUGCUUUUUAUACCUCCAUGAUGUCGACUCUGCCGAGGAUGCCGUGUCCAGCAUUGGCGACGCUCAUCUCCGAGCCGAACUAGACCAAGCUGUCGGGUCGAUGAAAGCUUUAUUGGCCGAGGCCCCAGACGAAUCCGUUCUCAGGAGACAAUUGCUUGACCGGAUACCACGGUAUAAGCCAUGCCCACAAGACAUAGCCGAGUAUUUCUGUGUAGGCCAUGACCAGUUAGAGAUGUUGACUGAGCCACUUGGAAUGACGGGCGAUACAAGACCAGACAUCUCAAUCCUCUUCGCCGGCUUCGGAGACGGACGUAACCUCUUUUCCGCUCUCAUCACCAUCGCUUGCAUGGACGGAGAAUCUCGCCUCUCCUCCUUGAGCAAGCUUCAUUUCACUGUGCUCGAUCUGAAGGUGGCAGCACUGGCCAGGUUGCUCAUCUUCUUCAACAUGAUGGAGCGAGUUGACCCGGCGGUUCCGGACGACGUCUCCGAUUAUCCCACCGUUCGCCGAGGCCAAGCUCCAAGCAACAUCAGAGAGCUCAUCAAGAGGCUCGAGGGUAUCGCUGCCCCUCUCCAGUUUGUCUACAUCCGAGACCACGAUCGCGAGCCUCUCCUUCGAGUCCUUCGUCAGUGGCAGCAACCGUGGGACGGCUUCUCCAAGAUCGCCGACGUGCGUAGACUCAUCGAGCAAAAUCUCCGGAAAGCCGAUAUGCGCGCGGCUUCUCUUAUAGGCGAAGUGCCGGAAUUCGGGCCCAGGGAAGAAAGAGAGGACUUUAGGAGAUUUCAUACCUUGCUGCCGCCUAUGGCGGAUGUGAAGCGCUGCGAGCCCUCCCUUGUCGAGUUGCUGGCAAAGUACCGAUCGUCAGGCAAGGGCAAGAAAUUAUACCAAUACAUUGAUGCACACUGGAGAUUCAACAAUACGCUUGUCGACUAUGACUUUGCGAAUAGAAGACGAGAACAGGGGAAUGAUGUACCCGGCCCGUUCGAUUUUCAUCCUUUGGAAGUAAUCGAGUCGAUGCGUGGUCCGGGCUCCACGGACAAGGCCGACAUCAGCUGCAUCCAGAAACUUGCAGAAGUAUUCCGCGUCUUCAACUUCUCCAUACUGAUGCUUGACCCUGGGAAGCGCUUGGUCGUGGAAGUGAUUGCAGGGGAAAUGGCCGACAUCAUGGACCGCAUGCGCUAUAAUUUGCUGGACCACCGGAUGUCCCCCCCGGAGAAUAGUCGCAUCCCCGAUCCGACCCUGUUUCCUCGCACCUUUGACUACAUACACAUGAGCAAUAUACCGGACUACAUCGGCGGCCAUCUAACCUCCUUCUUAACAGGCCGGCCCCUCCUCAAGGAAGACCAGCCGUCCAGCCUGCGGUUUACCAAUCUUCUCAACCCUCCAGAGUUUGAGAACCACGAGGCCUUCCGGUCCGAGUAUCUACUCAUGUACAACAUGGAGCGCAUCCGGCAGCACUUCCUGCUCACCCAGCGCCCAGGCGAGUUCACGGAGGAGGCCUCGCCACCCACGAUCAGCCCGCUCCAUUCGUUUGUAUUCGAGCAGUAUACCGUAUGGGACAGCGUACCCAGGAGCGUCAUGCCUUUUCAGAAACUCCUCUCCAAGGCUGGGUUCGAGAAGUGGGUGUAUGGCCAUUUACUAAAGAUUUGCCUACCGCACCCACGGCCAGUCUUUAGCGACUCACCCGUGUACGCGCCGCUCAACCUCACCGCGCUUAUCCACCUCGUCGUCGGCAUGUUCGAGGUCGGAUACCCGGCGCACUGGCUGGUCCGGAUCCUGUCAUGUAUCUGCACCGGCGUCAUUACCACCUCGGCCCGGCCGCCGGAGAGGCGCGUCUACACCCCUGCGCAAGUCGACGCAUUCACCACUCUGGUCAGCAUAUGGCGUCGCCUGCUGCCGUUUGGGAUCGACUCUUCGCUUAGCGCAAGUCUGGUUUCGCUCGAAACGAUACAUCUGUAUAGCAUUGCUUUUCCUCCGUUUCCUGCUAUUAGUGACCAUAGGCCUCAGUCUAUUCUUGUCUUUUGGAACACCGAGGUGGGGGAUGCUGCACAGCGUUUGGAUUCUUUGUACGACCUGUUGGACGGCAGCGGGGGAGAUGACUCCAAGUCGGCGAGGAAUAUCCGAGAGAAAGGGGUCGUCUGCGUGACUACGUUUCGGUUUACUACGGCGUCGAGGACGGCUGAAUUUUGGAUGCGGGCGGAUAAGAUGGAGCAAAUGAUGGCUGGGAAAUGGAGGGCUUUUCUUUGGCGGACAGACGAAUGGGAGGCGUCGACGCGCGGCGUAGAUGUCUCCCGCGGGGUGACCAAGGGCAAGAAGUGGACAACGGAUGCUCUUUUAGGAGCCAAGCCUGAGGGUUCAUGA